GACGAAGCGAACGAGAUCAAGCGAGUUUUGCUCAAAUGGUGUGAUACCGAAAACGUCCACGUAAUACUUACUACAGGGGGUACAGGUUUUUCUCCAAGAGAUAUCACACCAGAAGUGACUUCAGAAGUCAUUGAAAGGCCUGCUCAAGGUCUCACUCUACAAAUGCUGAGUGAAUCCUUGAAGGUGACGCCCAUGGCCAUGCUUUCCCGAGCAGUUUGUGGAAUAAGAAAAGGAAGCAUCAUUAUAAACUUGCCAGGAAGUCUUAAGGGAUCUCAAGAGUGUUUCCAGUUUGUUUUGCCCGCUUUGCCUCAUGCUAUUGAAGUGUUACGUGGCAGCCCAAAUGUGGGUGUCACCCAUGCCUCCAUGGAACAUCCCGCCCAUCCUCAGAGGGGUGACACCCAUCACAACUGCUCACACAAGACUCAAGGCAAGACUGUUAGAGAUCUCAGUAAAGUUGCAGAAAGAGACCGUCAUUCUCCAUAUCCACUUGUUUCAAUGAGUGAUGCUCUCUCGGUGAUAAAGGAGAAUGCCAAUUGUCUACCUAAAACAGUUGUGAGCAUAGAGGAUUCAUUAGGCCACAUACUGGCCUCUGAUGUUUUUGCCCAAGAGCCCUUUCCUCCUUUUCCUGCAUCUGUCAAAGAUGGGUAUGCUGUGCUGGCUUCUGAUGGUCGUGGAGAACGUGUUGUACUUGGCCCAGUAACGGCCGGAGAAAUUGCAGCUUCCCAUGUCAUUUCUGGUCAUGUGAUGCGUAUCACCACAGGGGCACCAGUGCCACAGGGAGCUGAUUCUGUUGUCCAAGUUGAAGACACAGAGUUACUUGAAAGUGAUGAUGAUGGUAGAACAGAGAAAAGGAUAAAAAUCCUCACAUGUCCAAAGCCAGGACAGGACAUUAGACCCAUUGGCUUUGAUUUGAACAAAGGUCAACAGGUGCUGUCAGCUUAUGAGAAACUAGGACCAGCAGAGUUGGGUCUGAUGGCUUCAUUAGGACUGACUGAUAUUGAAGUGUUUCAAAAACCAAAAGUUGCUGUCCUUUCCACAGGAAAUGAGGUAGUAAGUCCUGGUCAAGUCACGAAAGCAGGUCAAAUCAGAGACAGUAAUAAGAUCGCAUUGAAAUCAAUGAUAAAUUCUCAUGGCUUUGAGUUCAUUGAUUUGGGGAUUGCAGCUGACACUCCUCAAGAUCUGGAAUCCAAACUCUCUGCUGGCCUGGAAUUAGCUGAUGUUGUUGUGUCCUCAGGUGGAGUAUCAAUGGGUGAAAAAGACUUCCUGAAACCUGUUUUAGAAGACCUCAUCGGUGCCACCAUCCAUUUUGGAAGAGUGUUUAUGAAGCCAGGCAAACCCACAACGUUUGCAACAGUCACAGUUGGUGGGAAGAAGAAGCUGAUAUUUUCUCUUCCUGGAAAUCCUGUCUCAGCAAUGGUGACAUUUAACCUGUUUGUUCUCCCAGCCUUAAACAAGUUGACUGGAUCCCAAAGCCCUGAGUUGACAAAAAUAAAAGCAAAGUUACUACAACCAGUCUCUCUAGAUGCCAGACCUGAGUACCACAGAGUUGUCUUGUCAUGGAAUUCAGGUGACCUGGUCCCUUCGGCAAUAUCCACUGGCAGUCAAUGCAGUAGUAGGCUGUUGAGUAUGAGAACCUCUAAUGCACUCCUUGUCUUACCACCAAGGAGUGAUGAUCUCACUAGGAUUGAGGCAGGAACGAUUGUUGAUGCUUUGAUUAUUGGUGAAGUCUAA